ACCAGUCUUCCGCACGAUCUGACAAACUGAUUAUAGACUUUCUUGAAUAUGGCAGGGACCUCCAGACAUGAUCAUGAGAUGGCUAUAAACGCCAAAAAGCAGCUGGCCAUGUGCUCUGACCCCGUAGAGCGACUGAGGUUACAGUGUCUUACAAGGGGCUCCUCUGGUAUCAAAGGUCUUGGCAGAACCUUCAAAAUAAUGGAUGACAACAACAACCGCAGCCUGGACUUCAAAGAGUUUGUGAAAGGCCUAAAUGACUACGGGAUCUUAAUGGAAAAAGAGGAGGCCACAGCUCUUUUUCAGCAGUUUGACAGAGAUGGCAGUGGGUCCAUAGACUUUGAUGAAUUUCUCAUUACUCUCAGGCCACCAAUGUCAAAGGCCAGAAAACAAGUGGUAAUGGAAGCGUUUCGGAAGCUCGAUAAGACUGGAGAUGGAGUGAUCACAGUAGAGGACCUCAGAGGUGUUUACAAUGCCAAGUAUCACCCCAAAUAUCAGAAUGGGGAAUGGACUGAGGAUCAGGUUUUCCGGACGUUUUUGGACAGCUUUGACUCCCCUUAUGAGAAGGACGGAAAGGUAACCCAAGAAGAGUUUAUGAAUUAUUAUGCUGGUGUGAGUGCAUCCAUUGAUACAGAUGUCUACUUUAUUGUGAUGAUGAAAAAUGCCUGGAAAAUUUGACUUAGCAACACAGUACGGUGACCAAAGAUGAGUUCAUCAGUUACUACUCUGGGGUGAGUGCCUCCAUUGACCGUGAUGUCUACUUCAUCCUCAUGAUGAAAAACGCCUGGAGACUUUGAAUUCAUCAGUGUCAAGAAACAUGUCAACAC